CGUUCUCACGCGCGACUACUCAAUUUUUACGUCUGGAGAGGGUAGUCAAGCGGGCACGGUAAAUAGACGUCUGGCCGCUGUGGAAAGGAAAGCAGGAGAGGAAACAAUUUGAAUAUGGAUCGAUCAGCGUCGCCCGCGGGCUCCGUGCUACGUUUGCGCUUGACAAUUGUGUUAAGCGACGCCACGUGGGCUCGAUUUUCACCAAUUCCCUUGCACUGGCGCCUGCAAAAAAAGUACCGAGCUAGCGUCCUGUAAGGCACUAGCCAGCUCGACGCUUGAGUCUCUGGUCUGUAGCGCUGCAACUACAUUUCAAUUCACGCAAACAACUGGUCGCAUCGCUACUCACAAACCGCAGUACGAGUGCUUCACGAUGGCAACUGCACCGCAGCAAAAAUGCAGGACGCUGCGCGCCUACUGCGUAGACACGAUCCUGAAACGCGUCGCGACCUACGACGUCAGCGAGCAGCAGCGGCAGAAAGGCGACGCGGCGCUGAUGGAGGGUUCCGGCGACGGCCAGCUGCACCGCGUCACGCUGCUGAAGGCGUUGGGCCGCUGCGAGCUCUCGCGUGCCUUCCGAGGGCUCCCGUUCACGUACGCCGCGACGCGCCGGUUCCUCGUGGCCAGCGGCCCGGCCAAGGGCGCGAAGGUCUUCGACGCGCUGCGCGAGAGCGCCGACGCGUCGUCCGACUUACUCGCCGUCGAGUCGGCGGAGUGGCUCGUCGACGAGCUCAUGGAAGCGGGCAAACUCAAACGCGACCGGGGCCCGGAACUCGUGGGCGCCGCGAAGAAUGCGGCGAAACGGGCGGCGAAGGCGUGCCGGGCGCGGAGACAGGUCCUCAUGCGUCCGGCGCCGCGGGAGCCGGCGGCGCCGGCGUUCGCCGCGCGCGACAUCCGCCUCGACGGCGUCCCACAACCACCGCCGACGACCGAAGUCGACCUGGCCGCCUUCGCCGAGAAGUGCGCCCUGCGCGUGCAUCCCGACCGGCGGGGAGCGCUCGGCGACCGCGCGGCGCCAGGACGUUGAUGAGGACGUGAGACGUUCGAGGAAAGGGUAGUAAUGUGCUAG